AUGGACUCUCAAUCCAGCGACCUCCACGAAACCACAACCACCGAAUCCAGCUCCACCGACCCCUCACCACCCAACUACCAACCUUUAGAGCGUCUGAUAGCUAUCCCCCGCGUAUGUAAUCUCACUGACCGACUUCUAAUCAACCUCCCUUUCGUCCGCGCCUACACCGACAUCUUGACUACUAAUUACGGCAUCUCCGAGGAGGUCUUCCUCGAAUUCAUCGACGAGCUGAACAUCAUACAAGCCGGACACACAGCCCUGAAGUACAUGCAAAAGGCCGGUCAAGCCAUCCACUUCGCUGACCACAUUGAUCCCACGAAGAUCACUGCGCUUCUGGGACAAUGUUCAGACCUCACAGCCCGUCUCAUCCACAUGGCAUAUAUCAAGGGACCGUUUGCGCGGAGAACGGCGUAUCUUAAGAGAGCGAAUCGAUUGUUGUUCCAUCCUAAACAUCUUGAAGUGUCAAUCGUCACUGGGAAAGAGCUGAGGAAGAUACUGGGCCUUCAUCCAAAAUUCCCGCUCUGUGCGUCGCUAUGUCCGCUGUGGACGGUCCCCUCGAAAACAGAUCUAGUCCAGGGCGUGCGCUCGCGGGUUCGUGUACCCGGCAGGCAACUGUGCCAGCUUAUCGACUAUGUGUAUGACUUGGAUCUUGCGGCGGAGGCGAAGAGGGGAUGGAGCCAGGAGAAGGGAAAGGUGCGGAGGGAUGCGGCAAAAGUCGUUCGGGAUUGGCAGGUUGUCUCAGAGGUUCAACAUGAGAUCUGGCGAGGGGAGGCUAUUCAGUUAUACGAGAUGGCGGGUCAGGCUGCGGAUCUAAAAGUGAGAAAGAAGCUACUGAAGAAGGCAAGUGAGAUGGAUAAGGAGGUGAGGCAUACGGAGAAGAUUACUUGGCUUGUAGUGCAGAAUUGGCAUGAUUCGGCGUAA